GUUGAACCGGCGGGAAUUUUCCCACACUCCAAAUAAGCAAAAAUUGGGUCUAUAAAUAUCAAUAUCCCAGAAAUGCCCAUCUUUUGUGUUUUCUCUCUCUUCGCAACUCAUUAAGUCGGCCAUUUGCCCCUUAUUUUUUUCUACCUCACCAGAUUUACACAACUGAGAAGGAAAACCCUCGAAGAUCUCCAUGGCAAGACGCUCCAAAUCGAAGGACUCCACGGAGGAAUCUCUGUCUAAUUCGUCAGAGGAGGAGCAGGUCAAUGACCAGGAGGAAGAAGAUGAGGAGGAAUUGGAAGCCGUUGCACGGCCUGUUGAUUCUGAUGAAGAUGAAAACGCCACACCCGCAGUUGACGCCACCGGUGAGGAGCAAGACGAUGAGGAAGAAGACGAGGAUGACAAUGAUGAGGCCAACAAUGAAAUUAGUCAUCGUGAAAAGGCAAGGUUAAAGGAGAUGCAGAGGUUGAAGAGACAAAAGAUACAAGACAUACUUGAUCAACAAAAUGCUACUAUUGAGGCUGAUAUGAAUAGCAAGGGAAAGGGAAGAUUGAAGUUCUUACUGCAGCAAACAGAACUAUUUGCUCAUUUUGCCAAAAGUGAUGCAUCUGCUUCUCAGAAAAAGGGAAAGGGAAAGGAAAGGGGUCGUCAUGCUUCAAAGUUGACUGAAGAAGAAGAAGAUGAAGAAUAUCUCAAAGAGGAAGAAGCUGGAGCAGGACAUACACGUUUGUUGGUGCAGCCUUCUUGCAUAACAGGGAAGAUGAGAGAUUAUCAACUUGCUGGGUUAAAUUGGAUGAUAAGACUAUAUGAGAAUGGUAUAAAUGGAAUUCUUGCAGAUGAGAUGGGACUUGGAAAAACUCUACAAACCAUCUCAUUACUUGGUUAUUUGCAUGAAUUUAGAGGAAUAACUGGACCCCACAUGGUUGUGGCUCCUAAGUCUACACUUGGUAACUGGAUGAAUGAAAUUAAACGUUUUUGCCCAAUAUUGCGUGCUGUAAAGUUUCUUGGUAAUCCAGACGAAAGGAAAUACAUACGUGAAGAGCUACUUGUUGCUGGAAAGUUUGAUGUAUGUGUCACCAGUUUUGAAAUGGCUAUUAAAGAGAAGACUACCUUACGUCGAUUUAGCUGGCGUUAUAUAAUAAUUGAUGAAGCUCAUAGAAUUAAGAAUGAGAAUUCUCUUCUUUCAAAGACCAUGAGAAUUUACAAUACAAAUUAUCGUCUCCUUAUCACUGGCACACCACUUCAGAACAACCUUCAUGAGCUUUGGGCACUGCUGAACUUUCUGCUACCUGAGAUUUUUAGUUCUGCUGAAACCUUUGAUGAGUGGUUUCAAAUUUCUGGUGAAAAUGAUCAGGAAGAGGUUGUUCAACAGCUUCACAAGGUGCUGAGACCUUUUCUUCUAAGAAGAUUGAAGUCAGAUGUUGAGAAAGGUUUACCUCCUAAAAAAGAAACCAUUCUCAAGGUUGGAAUGUCUCAAAUGCAAAAACAGUAUUACAAGGCCUUACUGCAGAAAGAUCUUGAGGUUGUGAAUGCUGGAGGUGAGAGAAAGCGGCUGUUGAAUAUUGCAAUGCAGCUCAGAAAAUGCUGCAAUCAUCCAUAUCUGUUUCAAGGAGCUGAACCUGGUCCUCCUUAUACUACUGGCGACCAUCUUGUAACAAAUGCAGGAAAAAUGGUGCUUCUCGACAAGUUGCUUCCAAAAUUGAAGGAACGUGAUUCAAGGGUGUUGAUAUUCUCACAGAUGACAAGGCUGCUGGACAUUCUAGAAGAUUACUUGAUGUUUCGUGGAUAUUUAUAUUGUCGUAUUGAUGGAAACACUGGAGGUGAAGAUCGUGAUGCCUCCAUUGAUGCUUUUAAUAAGCCAGGAAGUGAAAAGUUUGUGUUUUUAUUAUCAACAAGAGCUGGAGGCCUUGGUAUCAAUCUUGCCACUGCAGAUAUUGUCAUUUUGUAUGACAGUGACUGGAAUCCACAAGUGGAUUUGCAAGCUCAGGAUCGUGCUCAUAGAAUUGGGCAGAAGAAAGAAGUUCAAGUGUUCCGAUUUUGCACUGAGUACACUAUAGAGGAGAAAGUCAUUGAAAGAGCUUAUAAAAAGCUUGCACUUGAUGCUUUGGUUAUUCAACAAGGACGUUUAGCAGAGCAAAAGACUGUAAACAAAGAUGAGCUGCUACAAAUGGUGAGGUUUGGUGCUGAAAUGGUAUUCAGUUCAAAGGACAGCACAAUAACAGAUGAAGAUAUUGACAGAAUCAUUGCUAAGGGAGAAGAGGCAACUGCUGAACUUGAUGCUAAGAUGAAAAAGUUCACAGAAGAUGCAAUCAAGUUCAAAAUGGAUGACACUGCUGAUUUGUAUGAUUUCGAUGAUGACAAGGAUGAAAACAAGGUUGACUUUAAGAAGAUUGUGAGUGAUAAUUGGGUCGAGCCUCCAAAAAGAGAGAGGAAGCGCAACUACUCAGAAUCAGAAUACUUCAAGCAAACAAUGCGACAAAGUGGUCCUGCAAGGCCAAAGGAGCCUAGGAUUCCUCGCAUGCCACAAUUGCAUGACUUCCAGUUCUUUAACACUCAGAGGCUAAGUGAGCUCUAUGAGAAAGAAGUGCGGUAUCUCAUGGUGCAGGCACAGCAGAAGAAUCAAGUGAAAGACUCCAUAGAAGUUGAUGAGCCAGAAGUAGAGGUGGGAGAUCCUUUGACUGCUGAAGAGCAAGAAGAAAAAGAGAAACUACUGGAAGAAGGAUUCUCAACAUGGAGUAGAAGAGACUUCAAUACUUUCAUUAGGGCUUGUGAGAAGUAUGGUAGGAGUGAUGUGGGUAGUAUUGCUUCUGAAAUGGAAGGCAAAUCAGAAGAGGAAGUUGAAAGAUACGCUGCAGUCUUUAAGGAAAGAUACAAGGAACUGAAUGAUUAUGAUAGAAUAAUUAAGAAUAUUGAAAGAGGGGAGGCUAGAAUUUCUCGUAAAGAUGAAAUAAUGAAAGCAAUUGGAAAGAAAUUAGACCGUUACAAAAACCCUUGGCUGGAGCUCAAAAUCCAAUACGGUCAGAACAAAGGCAAGCUCUACAAUGAGGAAUGUGAUCGGUUCAUGAUUUGCAUGGUUCAUAAACUUGGGUAUGGAAACUGGGACGAAUUGAAGGCUGCAUUUAGAACAUCACCUUUGUUCAGAUUUGAUUGGUUUGUUAAGUCAAGAACCACUCAAGAACUUGCAAGGAGAUGUGAUACUCUCAUUCGAUUGGUGGAGAGGGAAAAUCAAGAGUAUGAUGAGAGAGAGAGACAGGCUCGUAAAGAAAAGAAACUUUCCAAGAACUCAACUCCAUCAAAGCGGGCCAUAGCAAGGCAAACAGAGAGUCCACCUUCUACUAUAAAGAAGCGAAAGCAAUCAUCAAUGGAUGACUAUGUUAACUCGGGAAAGAAGGGCAAAUGAAAGUGAGGUGCUUACUAAUAUUUUGAUUUUUGAGACAUUGGAGGCAUUGAUGUAGUCGUAAUAGUAAUAGUAGAAUGACUGUAUGUAUAUGAAUCGGCAUUUAUAAUAGCCAUUGCCAUUUGUCUCUUAUUUUCUUAGUUUUGUGUCUGAAUUCCAAAUAGUGUUUCUGGAUGUUUGGCUUCUAUAUCAACCAACUAUCUCUAAUCAUCAUAUGAUAACCUAUCCCCUCCCUCUUUUAUUUAUUUCUUUUGUCAAAUUUGAAAUUGAUGUUACUGUUGAUACAACUUCAACAAAAACUAGCCUUAAAAGUGUAACUAAAAAUUCUGUAAAAGUUCAAAGUAAUUGAAAAAAAAAUUCCAACAAAUAGUGUGUUUGAAAAAUCAAUGGAAUGGAUUUGUGUCGAAUUAAAUUUGUGACCAACUGAUUAUUAUUAUCUUUAAGAUAAACCCAAACAAUGUAAAUUUAACACCUUAUCUACUACAAAAAGACCAGACUAACCCUGAAAACUCUUGCAUAAAACUAUUUCACCGGUUGUUUUUUAAAUGUAACAUUUUUUUUAAUAAAAACAAACUUUUAGUGGCUAAAAUAUAAGAAACUUUUUCUAAUGAAAAAAGUUUAAAAAUAAAUUUUAUAGAAUUUGGUUUUUAAAUAGUGAACAAUUGUCAUAAUCCUUUUGUUUGUGUUAUUUACUUAAGCAAUUUAAUUAUAUUAAAAG